CUUUUCCAGAAUCUUGCCUGGUAUCGAUGUGAGGCUGACCGGACGGUAAUUGUUUGGGUCGUUCUUUUUUCCCUUCUUGAAGAUAGGGACCACAUUUGCCCUCCUCCAAUCUGCUGGGACUUCUCCCGUUCUCCAAGAACUCUCGUUGAUUGUGGUCUUGGUGACUGUGCAGCUUUGUUGCGGCUGUUCCCGACUCUUGAAUUUCUCUUGCUUGUUUUGGCUCCUUGAAAUCAAUCUCCUUUGUGCAUAUACACAAUUGCGUUCAUGUUGCAAGCUCAGCCCGGCUCAACUUCUCCCGCAUCCUGCUGCAAGAUUGGGCUCUCGUGAUCUUUCCCAGCUGCGGCAUUAUUUCUGACAAGGUAUGUUAAAUUUCUGGACGCUUGCCACCCCAGCUCCAGUAGAUUUGGGUAUGAUAGUAGGGGACGCACAUAGGGAGAACACUUUAGUAGGGUGUUAGUUUUUCUCUAUCUUUGCUUGUCUCCUCCUCUCCCUUCUCCCAGUGCAUUGGAGCAGAUGCAUGCUGCCAAACAGCAGGAAGUUUUCUCCCAAAUGCAAGCCAAUCUCUCCCCACCCCGCAGCUCCUUCUAGCUACCGAGAGGAAGAGGCGGUGCUAGUACCAUAGACAGGGAAGUAACCUUUGGGUUCCCUCUCAAGGAAUAGGACAAACAGGAACUGUUGGCUGGCAAGAAGUGGCAACAAGCCCGUCUGAUCCCUGAUGACGGCAGUGAUAUGGAAGAGAAUUAAUGGGCUAACGGCCAUAGGACAUCCGGAGUCCAAGCCCAGCACAAAGUCCAACAUGCUGCGAGGCCGCACCCCAGCUACCUCUGCCGACGAACAGCCACAUAUCGGGAAUUACCGCUUGUUGAAGACCAUCGGCAAGGGAAACUUUGCCAAGGUCAAGUUGGCAAGGCACGUCCUGACGGGGAAAGAGGUUGCUGUGAAAAUAAUCGACAAGACGCAGCUGAACUCCUCCAGCUUACAGAAGCUUUUCCGGGAAGUGCGAAUAAUGAAGGUCUUGAAUCAUCCCAAUAUAGUUAAAUUAUUUGAAGUCAUAGAAACAGAGAAGACACUGUACCUCGUCAUGGAGUAUGCCAGUGGAGGUGAGGUGUUUGACUACUUAGUAGCCCAUGGAAGAAUGAAAGAGAAGGAAGCACGGGCAAAAUUCCGACAGAUAGUUUCUGCUGUGCAGUACUGUCACCAAAAGUUCAUUGUACAUAGAGACUUGAAGGCAGAGAAUCUGCUCCUAGAUGCCGAUAUGAACAUUAAAAUUGCAGACUUCGGUUUCAGCAACGAGUUCACGUUUGGCAACAAGCUUGAUACGUUCUGCGGGAGCCCUCCGUACGCUGCCCCCGAGCUUUUCCAGGGCAAGAAGUACGACGGCCCCGAGGUCGAUGUCUGGAGCCUUGGGGUCAUCCUUUACACACUGGUCAGCGGCUCACUGCCUUUUGAUGGGCAGAACCUCAAGGAGCUGCGAGAACGGGUCUUGAGGGGGAAGUACCGGAUCCCCUUCUACAUGUCUACAGACUGUGAGAACCUGCUGAAAAAAUUCCUCAUCCUCAACCCUAGCAAGAGAGGCACUUUAGAGCAAAUCAUGAAAGACCGCUGGAUGAAUGUGGGGCAUGAAGACGAUGAGUUAAAGCCUUAUGUGGAGCCUUUGCCUGACUACAAGGACCCUCGGCGGACAGAGCUCAUGAUCUCCAUGGGAUACACCCGAGAGGAAAUCCAGGACUCGUUAGUCAGCCAGAAGUAUAACGAAGUAAUGGCUACAUAUCUGCUGCUAGGAUACAAAAAUUCAGAGCUUGACAAUGAUAGUAUUACCCUAAAGCCACGGCCGCAACCUGAGCUCACGAACAGCACCGCCCCGUCCCCGUCCCACAAGGUACAGCGCAGUGUAUCAGCCAACCCCAAGCAACGGCGUUUAAGUGACCAGGUACCAACCAUCCCAACCUCCUCCUCAUAUUCCAAGAAAAUGCAGGCAGCCAAUGCGGAGAACAAGCGUCCUGAAGAGGAGCGAGAGGCCGGGCGCAGCAAAGCGGGCAGCACCGUCAAAGUCCCCGCCAGCCCACUGCCUGGCCUCGAGAGGAAAAAGAGCACCCCCACUCCUUCCACAAACAGCGUCCUCUCGACCAGCACAAACAGAAGCCGCAACUCACCCUUGCUUGAUCGAGCCAGCUUGGGCCAGAACUCCAUCCAGAAUGGCAAAGAUAGCCUAACCACUCCGGGUUCCAGGGCUUCCACUGCUUCAGCUUCCGCCGCCGUGAGCUCUGCGCGCCCGCGCCAGCACCAGAAAUCCAUGUCCGCCUCGGUGCACCCCGCCAAGCCCUCGCUGCCCCCCUCUGACAAUAACUCUGAGGCGCAGCGACCCAGCACCGCUCCCCAGCGAGUCCCCGUCGCCUCUCCCUCGGCCCACAACAUCAGCAGCGCUCUCCCGGACCGCACCAACUUCCCACGGGGCGUCUCCAGCCGCAGCACCUUCCACGCCGGGCAGCUUCGGCAGGUCCGGGACCAGCAGAACCUCUCCUACGGCCUCACGCCUGCCUCGCCCUCCGGGAACAGCCAAGGCCGGAGGGGCGCGUCGGGGAGUCUCUUCAGCAAGUUCACCUCCAAGUUUGUACGCAGAAAUCUGUCUUUCAGGUUUGCCAGAAGGACCCUGCAUGAGCCCGAAAGCAAAGACCGCGUGGAGACCCUCAGGCCUCACAUGGUGGGCGGCAGCGGGGACAAGGAUCGGGACGAGAACAGGGAGGCCAAGCCCCGCUCGCUGCGCUUCACCUGGAGCAUGAAGACGACGAGCUCCAUGGAGCCCAACGAGAUGAUGAAGGAGAUCCGGAAAGUGCUGGACGCUAACAACUGCCAGUGCGAGCUGCAGGAGAAGUACAUGCUCCUGUGCAUGCACGGCGCGCCGGGUCACGAGGCCUUUGUGCAGUGGGAGAUGGAGGUGUGCAAGCUCCCCCGCCUUUCGCUCAACGGCGUCCGCUUCAAGCGGAUAUCGGGCACUUCCAUGGCCUUCAAGAACAUUGCCUCCAAAAUCGCCAACGAACUGAAGCUUUAACAGGCCCCGAGGGGGGGCGGGGCGGGGCGGGGCGGGGGCCCGGCCUGCACGCGCAUGGAGUGGGGUUUAGGAGUCAAGCAAUUCAACUCUGGUCGGGUUUAUUUUUUCGAUACCCUGGUGCAGGACUCGAGAGGUCGGGGGAGGCGCGGCGAGACCGAUGGAUGGAUGGGUGUUGCGUCCACCCCUCCCUCCCUCCCUCCCUCUCCUCCCCCCUCCCUGCACUGCUGGAUCUCCAUGGAAAUGGAGCGCAUGGGGUAGUGGUUGGCAGCCACCCAGCCGGUCUCCGUGGCGUCUCCGUGGCAACAGUAGUGGGAGCAUACCAAGGGCUGUUGGUCUCUAUAGUGACUGUGUUGGGGGCAUCCCUUUUGGUCUCCGUGGCGACUAUGGUACUUUCCUCUUUUCUUCUUUUGUGCACAUGAGACAGGGUUUUAAAUUUUACCAAAAGGAAGAGAGAGAAGAUGCGCCCCUUCCAUUGCUCGAGCUCCCUCCCCAUGCCUUUGUGUCCCUCUUUUCUUUUGCAUUCGUUGGGGUGGUGGGGUGUCGUCCUGGAUCAUCGAGGCUUCUCCGUUUGGACAUUACUGUUAUUACUGCUCCCAGUUGGGUUUCUCUUCCCAGACCAGUGAUGGACAAAGGUGUGACCAUAGGGAUGGUGUUUCUUCUUUGCUUUUGUUGUGGCCAGGACCUUAAAGUUGGGCCGUCCUGAGCUUACCGUCCUUAGCUUACCGUCCUUCUCCUUGCCUGGAAAGGAGGAUGCUAGCUCUUUUCUCUGGAAAGGAGGUAGCAUCCAUUUCUCCAUCUGCCCGUUCCCAGAGCCAGACCAACAUAAUGGACAAUGUAAGCUUGUGGUGCAUUGUCCCCGGGGGCGCUGUCGAGCCCCCUCCCCCCCCCCCCCUCCCGGCAGCAGCGCGGACCAUUGGCUCCCUCCUUGCCAAACGCGGAAGGCCUCAACUGAGGCCCAGCUCUUCUCAUGAGUCCUCACUGAACGCGGAAGGCCUCAACUGAGGCCCAGCUCUUCUCAUGAGUCCUCACUGAACGCGGAAGGCCUCAACUGAGGCCUAGCUCUUCUCGCGAGUCCUCACUGAACGCGGAAGGCCUCAACUGAGGCCUAGCUCUUCUUGCGAGUCCUUGCAAGAAGAGCUAGGCCUCAAUUGAGGCCUUCCGUGUUUAGCAAGGAGGGAGCCAAUGGUCCCCGCCGUUGCCGACAAAGAUAUGUGCGGGGACAUGUGGGGUCCGCCUACAAGGCCAAAUCACUUAGGGUUGUUCCCUUCCCCGGAUGUCAUCGGCCUCUAGGAUGUAAGCAUUUCUUGGUUCCUAGAGCCCGUCCCUGUCCACUUGAGAUGCUAUUCUAGGUCGCCCAGCAUCGUGGUCCUCUCUCAGCUGCUUUGGUGGGGAACGCUUGUAUCCGUUCCGAGCUCGGAGCCUUCCCCAUCAUAGAGUGACUGCCAGCAUGUUUCCGCCUCGCUCAGUCCCACCUUCUUUGUUUACCUCCAAGCUCAAGGGUGGCUUUGACAAUUACGAACAAGCAUUCCCCUUCUCGUUGUAGAGCAGGCUUCUCGAGGACCAUAUCUAGACGAUAACCCCUUUAUCUACGCCCGCAAGCUGCGCUGACACUUAGGUGCAAGUUGGAGAGGUCUCUGAGAACUAGCAUCCCGAUCGAUCGGUCAGGUUGACCGUGACCUAAGGUACAGUGAUUUAUAGCUCCAAAGAUGAUGUGGCCUUCUUUCCUGCUCUCCAAACACGGAGAGUGCGGCCUGCCCCGAAGCACAAGAGAAACAUGGGACCCUGGCGCUGCAGUUCCCUUUCUUAGUUCCCGGCCCCUCUCCCCGUUCCCGUUUCUUUCAUUGCCAUAUCGCCACUCGAGAAUGUAUUUGCAACCAUUUUCUGGGUGAUCGCCCUCCUUCCUCCCCGGUGUCUGCUGAGCUCCUUCCGCCCUGCCACCAUUUUAUAUACACACACACACACGGUUUGUAUAUAACUGUACUGAUACCUCGGUUUUGUGAGUGGUUUAAUUUUUUUCUCGUUUUGAUUCUGAUCACAAAAUGCCUUUUUUAAAAGAGAAAAAAAAUCAUGUCCCUCCCCUCUUGCCCUCCCCUCCCCCUUUUAUUUUAUUUUUUUUGGUUCGUUCCCCUUCCUUUCCCUCUAGGGAUGCUGCCGUUUGAUGUAGUUUUACAGGUUCUAGAUUAAAACUUUCCAGAAAGCA